AUGGGCGUGUUCGAGUUUCAGAAGCUCAUAGAGAGCGGGCAGCCGUCCGACGCGGCACUUCGUUUUUGGUUUCUCCGGUUUCGAUUCAUGAAUCCGCUGACGCCGUUUGUGCCGCACCAAGAGGGGGACUUCGCCUUCGGGGAGUUUCUGUCGGAGAGGCUUUCCGAGGCGCUGCUGCACAUGGUUGAAAUACCAGUUUCCACGUGGCUGCUGUUCAUCCCGCUGCUGCUGUGUCUGCGGCCGGUCUUCGGCUUCAACCCGACGCCGCUGAUGGAGUUUCUGGUCUUCGCCGCCGGGGGCCUUUUGUUUUUCAACUUGUUUCUCUUUUGGAGGCUGGAAACCAUCAUGAACUACCACACGCCGAGCAGCAAGGAGAUCAGCGAGUACCUGCAGGCGCUGGCGCAGCCCCGGAAAGCUGCGCAGCUGCCGCAAGCGCCCCUCGAGCUGCUGCCCCCGAUCACGAGAAACGGAGCUCUUUGUGGCUUAAUUAGAGGCGCCCGAGUGAUGAAUGCGCAGGAGUCUUUGUUUAUUUUGGGCCCGCGAGGAGUUCCGGCGCUGCGGACUUUGAUUCAACUUUCGCUGUCGCUGCACGUGGUGGCCGUCACAGUCACUGCGAAGCUGCUGCUGUCGCCGCACUACCAGCACGUGAUGUUCGCAGUGCUUGGCUACUGGAGCGGCUUCGCCCCCCUGCUGAUUCUGCUGCUCAGCAUGGGCCUUUUUCCCGCAAUUGCCACGAACUUCACUCUCCUCAGCAACAUCGGCUCUCUCGCCAGCCGCCAGGCCAUUGCUGCCAGCGCCCACAGAGUUCAGCUGCAGCAGCUCGAGCGCCAGUACCAGAUUCUGCAGUUUCUGCGUUUCAGGGCCGACACUUUCUUCGCUUCCCACCCCGGCCGCGCCAUGGGCGAAAUCGAAGAGGCCAACCAGAUCUACAGCAGCCUCCCUCCAGAAGUGCAAAAGGGCUACCAAGACGUGUUCCACGCAUUCGCAAAAAUCGACGUCGAACCCAGAAUUUCCCUCGAAAACAUUUUCAAAAUGAUCGAGGCUUUCGCCCUCGAAGAGAGGAUACCCGACUGCAGAGCGAAAGCAGGUGAAACUCGGAUCUCUGGGAUGCUCCAGGAAGCAGCAAACAUGAUCAUGCACUUGUUGGAGGAUGAGACAAGAGCCUCACUGCCUCCCCACCUCAGGGAAACACAAAAACGCGUAGGCUGGAUCUUCUUGUUAUUUCUAGACUCCCGAAAUCCCUUUUCUGGCGAAAAUUCACAGGAUCUUUUCGACUUCUUGGAUGAUGACGCUGACGGCUACGUGACAAUGAACGACUUCUUGGAGAACCUCGAGGGCCUGAGGCCAGCAGCCUCAGAGGAGGAAAUUAAGCAGCUGCUCGCCACAAUAUCCCACGGCGCGCGCGGCGAGCUGGUUGGCUACAACCAGUUGGCGUCGUGGAUAGACGAAAUGGAAGACCGCGCGAGGGAGUUUCAGCCCAAGGGCUCUUCAAUUCGCUAG